AUGGCUUUUUCAGAAGCCGAAAAGAAACUUUCAGGCGGUGUGGCUGUUAUCACCGGUGCGGGAUCGGGCAUCGGGUCUGGCUUUGCUCGCCGUGCUGGUGAACUAGGCAUGACUGUUAUUGUCACCGACGUUUCUCUUGCUCGCGCUGAAUCGGUGGCUAUAUCCAUCCGCGCAGCAGGUGGUACAGCAGAGGCACUGCAGCUCGAUGUCUCUAAUCCACAUGAAAUACAACAACUCGCCAAUGCUAUCUUCGCAAAGCACGGCCACGUUAGGCUGUUGAUCAACAACGCCGGCAUUGAGACGCUUGGUUUUGCUUGGGAAGUGCCCAAGUCACGAUGGGAUGCUACCAUAGACAUCAACAUCAAAGGUGUAGUUCACGGUGUCCGAGCCUUCCUACCGCGCAUGCUUCAGAGUGGCGCCGAGUGCUGGGUGGCCAACUUGGCCAGUAUAGGCGCAUUCAGCGUGAUGCCAACACAGACGGCAUACAUAAUGACCAAGCACGCCAUCCAGUCAUUCUCAGAGGGACUCUUCCUUGAAAUGAAGAUAAAGCAAGCACCCAUACACGUGUGCUCUGUUUGUCCAGGGAUGUUGAGGACGAGCAUAUUCGACGAGGAGGCCGGCUCAGGUGAGGGUGAUGAGGCAUAUGCUUACAGAAAGCGGAUGCAGGACUUGAUGAGGGAGCAAGGCAUGGAUUUGGAUGAAGGAUGUCGUCUGAUGAUGGCCCAGAUUGCGGACGGAAGGUUCUGGGUUAUAUCACAGCCGAGCAUGAUGGCUGAUGCGAUUGGCUUGAGGGUGGAAUUCCUGAAAGAACAGAGGGAUCCUGACAUUGCUGAGGGCGGAAAACACUUACUUGGUUAG